AUGUGGUACUUUGACACCUUUGCCAAGAUACUUGCAAUGGAGGGCGAAUCCCGCUUGAGCAGAGUCGGUCUUGUUCACAAGUACAUAAGAAGAAUCUUUCUAAAUCACUUUGGCUCCGACAUCCUCAGAGAAAAGCUGCUUCAGAAAAUAGAGGAAUGGGUUGAGAGAUGUCUAAGAAUGUGGUCCAGCCAACCGUGCAUCGAAGUGAAACAAGCUGCUUCUGCUAUGAUGUUCGAUUUCGCGGGGAAGCAACUUUUUAGUUAUGAUGCUGAUGAGGCUUCAGCAGACGCUACCAAUGAGAGGUUCAACAGGUUCUUGAGAGGUUUCAUGGCAUUUCCCUUGAAUUUCCCUGGGAAAUUGAUAGAUAUGCUCAGAGGUAUCCUGAAGGAGAGACUCGAUUCAGGGAAAACAAGCAAUGUGGAUUUUCUUGAUCAAGCAAUUGAUAGCAUGCGCGAUCAGGAGUUCCUGACAGAGGAUUUCAUAGUUCAGUUGAUGUUUGCGGGCAUCCUCGCAAGUUCUGAGUCUAUUUUGAUAAUGCUGGCUAUGAUCUUCAAGCUACUGUCUGAGACCCCAACAGUCCUAGCAGAAUUAAGGGCUGGCAAAUACCGUUCCAAGGGUACUCCGAAGAGCAUUACAAGAUAUCCCACUGAAAGGAUUUACGAUCCCAAAGGGUGGUCGAUCAUGGUAGUCACGACCGCUCUUCAUACCAAUCACAAUGUGUUUGAGAAUCCUCUUGAAUUUAACCCUUGGCGCUGGAAGUAUCUAGAUUCAGGCACAAUAUCGCAGAACUUCACGCCUUUUGGUGGAGGAAUGAGACAAUGUGUGGGUGCAGAAUACACUCGAGCCUUCUUAUGUGCAUUUCUUCAUGUGUUGGUCACAAAAUUUAGGUGGACGGAAAUCAAGAUAGGAGAUGUCUACCGCAAUCCCGUACUAGGUUUUAAAGAUGGUGUUAGCGAACACAAGAAAUUGAUAGAUAUGCUCAAAGGUAUCCUGAGGGAGAUACUCAAUGCAGGGAAAGCAAGCAAUGUAGAUUUUCUCGAUCAGGCAAUUGACAGUAUGCAUGAUCAGGAGUUCCUAACAGAGGAUUUCCAUAGUUCAGAUGAUGUUUGCAGGAUUUAUGAUCCCAAAAGGGUGGUCGAUCAUGGUCGUCACUACUGCUCCACACGAAUCCCAAUGUGUUUGAGAAUCCUCUUGAAUUUAACCCUUGGUGCUGGAAGGUGGACGGAAAUCAAGAUAGGAAAUGUCUACCGCAAUCCCAUACUUGGUUUUAAAGAUGGCGUUAACGUAGAACUUUCGGAGUCAUGGAACUAG